UACCGGACAGUCACCCCCGAUAGCGACCCCACCACGAGCCCACACUCGGAAUGAAGGAACAGAAGACACCCACACUGCUUCCCCCACCACACCCCCACACACUUUUCUCCUUCCAUUGAUCCUACUAGAAGGCUUGAUCCCGCCUCAUCACAAAAGCAUCGCUAAAAACGGACACUUUGUUGUAUUUCAUCCAAAAAUGCAGGCCAACCCCGAGCACGAAGAGCUCUAUCGGCGGGCCGCCACCGAUCCUCGAUCCAUUUCCCGCGCCGAACGCAACGCCAUCUGGGGCCACCCGCCGCCCGAGGAGGAAGACAGACUCUGCGUCGCCAAAACAGGCCACACCCGCGCAGGGCUGGUUGUCAAGGCGAUCGAAAACAAGGACGAGCUCACGCUCUGCGAGGCCCAGAUUCUCUGUUCUGGCCGCAGCGUGAACUAUGACAUACCCCAGUAUGCCGGCCCGCCGAGCCUUGACCUGCUCGAGACGUCGCUGUUGCAGUAUCUCAAGGAGCCCACCCCGCUAGAGAAGCUCCGAAACGAGGCGGUGGAUCAAUUAUCGGCUGUUCGCUCAGCCGAGGAGGUCACCGCCGUGACGAACGCCACUAGUCGGCGGCGCGUUUUCAAAAUGGCGGAGAUAGAGGCAAGAGAGGAGAAGUGGCGAGAGUUCGAAAGGGCAAGGCGCCUAAAGGUCGGAACGCCCUGGAUGAGGGGAAUGCUUCGGGAUGGUCUCCUUGAAGACGGCGCCGAGUGUUGGGGAUUCGUUGUGUUCCGCACCGGGUGCUACCACGGUGAUGAGGGCGAAGCCGCGUGGCAGAGGUUCCGCGACUACUUGCCCAAGGUGGCCGCGACAUCAAUCCUGCACUGGAACAGCGGGCCAGAGCUACAGCCUUCGCUCCGUGUCCUCUUUGUCGAGGACAAGGAGUUGGAAAGCGCGUCGAAUGAGCAGCUGCGCGCCAAGUUCAAGAAGAUGCGCGAUGGAGCCAGAGGCGACCAUCUGCCCAAGGGGAUAAGGACCAACUGCUUCCUUGUCGCCGACGAGGCAGUGAUUGAGAGCGAGGCAGCCCAGGCGCCAUAUACACCUCGGUACACGGAUGAUAUAGAGAUGGGAGUGGAAAUCCUGGACGACGACCCAGUGGUAUAUAUCCGUGCCGUUGACCCCGAUUACGUGGCUCCCGCUGUUCCGGCUGAGGCAACCACAAAAGAAACGGCGGGCGAUAUUACUGGUCUCAGAACUACCCCCACCAGUGGCAACAGUUCAUCUGUCGCUCCCGAACCGACGAACGUCGGUGCAAAGGAGGCGGGAGACGAAAUGGCCGAUUUCAAAGGUGAGGCCACAAUGGCGUUGCCACGCGUAUUCGACUGGCUGCACGCUGUCUGUUUCUACGCCGAGCGCGGCAUCACUCCAACAUGGGAUGCUCGAAAGGGAUGGCACACAGUCCAUGUGCAAACUAAGAAGCCGGAAGCAUGGAUACGGAACUGGUCACCCAAUUCGGGCGGUGUAGAGUACAUCCACGUCAGGCGGUCUGCCGUUCCCGGGCCCUGGCAGGUGACUGGAGCACCACCUAGCUUGCCUCCCUAGGUAGGUAAGGUGGUACGAUAGCUACCUACGUAGACAUGCUGAACCUCUUCAAAAGUCCGGGGCCGCAGACUAAUUAGAAGGACUGCAAACGCAGGAGAAUGCAACGGAAAACAGGAAAAUACGAAACUCCCCUUCAUCUAGUCAGACGGCGAAGUGUUCUACGCCCCAAUUCAGUAAUAUUAGUACCUAAGUUCGCAU